AUGAUCUUUUCGACGUUAUGGUUGAUAUGGUUACUAAUAGACUUGACGUAUGCCCAAGUUUGGAACACGCUAUAUGAUUUUCAUAAUGAGACGAUAUAUCUUCUCCCAGAAAGCUCAUCUUCUUUGAUCCAAAUACCUUUUAAUGCCAAAUUCAAAAGCGGAGAUAUAAUAGGGGAAAAAUCGCUUGGGAAUCUUAUUACAGUUCCCGAAGGAGAUGUGACGUUGCUAGGUGAUGGAGAUCUAUACUCUGUUCAAAAUAGUACCGGCUUCAUAAAAAUUCAGAAGUACCAGAGGAAUCAAAAAACCUGGGACGACGUUGAACUAAAAAAUAACACCAUUCCUUAUUAUUCCCUGAGCGGACUUGUUUCCACAUUUGAAGAACCAACUGCUAUCUACAUAUAUGGAGGUCUAAAAACUGCGGGCCAGGAUCAAGCUACCGAAGGGUCCGUUGUAGAAAGAAUGUUGAAAAUUGACAUUUCCAGUGGAGUAUCGCAAGAGUUAAACUCCUCAGUACAGCCUGCUGCAUUCUACGGAUCCUCAAAUUUUCCAAUUAAUGAUAACACGGUGGUAUUAGUUGGGGGGAAAGCACAAAGGGGUUGGAUAUCUUUCUCACAGAUGGCAAUUUGGCAGUAUGAAACUUGGUCCUUCAAAAAGCCAACUCUGGAAGACUCCAUCAAUUCAAGAAUGAGCCCUUUGCUAUUACCAGUUUUCCAUACGAAUACAUCCUCGUCAGAAACUCCAGACCACAAGGUUGAGUCAUUACUCAUGCUUGGAGGGACUCUCUUGGAUGGAGUUGCAACCCCAUCAUUUUCGCAGUUAAACAUAUCUUCUACGGAUUGGGUGUGGAAUUCUCUAGACGAAUCUAUUAGUACUGUGAACAGCUUGAAAAAUUCCCCAGAUAAUGAGAUUUCCCUGUCGACUUUGACUGGGGCCGCAAUCAUUUACGAUACUCUUUUGGUAGUCAAUCAAACGGAAACAGACAAAUUUAGGGCUUAUCUAUACAACACUGAAUCUUUUGAGCAUAUCGCUUCAGUUGACUACACCAAAGUUGAUGAGAAAACAUCAUCAAGGAACACAAGUAAACCUCUAGUUAUUGCGGUUAGUACGAUUGUUCCAGUGCUGGGUAUAAUCCUAUCUAUAGUGGUAUCUGUCGUGCUCGUUAAGAAAUACAACAAGAAAAAGGAGAUGAAGCAACGGGAGAAGGAAAUCUCCAACUACAUGGCAUUUUUUGGAGGUUCAAAAAGUGACAAUCUUCCAACUCCUAUCCAGCUCAACAACAAUGACGACGAGCUGAGUAUUGAUCUUACCAACCGCAAAGGUAACACAAUAUCCAAACGAAGGAGCGUGAAAAUGUUAAGGCUACCCUCAUUGACGAAUAUGUUUAUGGACAAAAGGACAUCCGAAAUUUCCUUUUCCUCGCAAGAAACGGAAUUCAACAAAGAGGAUGACGUUCCAAAGUCCCUUUAUUCCAAUUCAACUGGGACCGAGUCUACAAUAACGAAGCAUUCAGACUCUGAUGAUUCAACGCAUGUUGUCCCAGCGAGACCUGUUUCAACGCUGCGAAUAGUGAAUCCUGAUGAACCCUCAAUAAUAGAAGAGGAGGACGCUGAUGAUACUACCACUAAUUCGGAUAAUGAAGAGAUUAUCAGCAGUUUUAGUAAAGACAUUAUGACUAUUAUGAACAAUAUGAAACUAUAG